CUUUAUUAAUUAGUUUUGAGAGUUACCAAACAUUAAAUGAAAACAAAAUGGCAGCCCCCAUAGUCAAGCAAGAACCGUCUGAAGACGUUGAUAUUGAAGCAAAAAUUAUUGAAUUGUGUGGCCAGAAUCCCAAAGGAAUUUCUGACGAUGUCAUCAAGCAAGCCAUUCCUCAGUCUGAUAUUCAGCAGAGAGUUAUUGCUGUUAACAGGCUUUUAUCAACUAAUAGGCUGGAGUUACUCAAAAGUGGAACUAAAAUUCUCUAUAGACUGAAAGACCCAGAUUCAGCUAAUCAAGUGAAAGGAGCUGAUACAGAAGAGAAAGUCGUGUUCCAGAUAAUAAAAGACUCUCAAAAUAAAGGGAUCUGGACCAGGGAUAUUAGGAUCAAAAGCAAUUUAAAAAAUAUUCAAGUGCUGAAUAAAAUAUUAAAGAAUCUAGAAAGUAAAAAGCUGAUCAAGGCUGUCAAGUCAGUGAAUGCUUCUAAGAAGAAAGUCUAUAUGCUUUAUAAUCUUGAGCCUGAUCAGUCAGUAACUGGAGGUCCUUGGUACAGCGCUUCAGAGUUUGAAUCAGAAUUUGUAGAAAUUCUAAAUGCCCAGGCACACAAGUUUUUACAGCAAAGGGCUCUAGAUGCUAACAAGGUUUACCCUGAAGAGCCCUGGACAAGACUACAGGCAUCUUAUGCCACAGCUGAUGAUGUGUUGAAAUAUAUUACUAAUUUAGGUAUUAGCAAGGUGAAUUUAACAGUGAAAGAUAUGGAGGCAAUCCUAGAUACUCUCAUAUUUGAUGGCAAAGCUGAGCUUUCUGCCAGGACUACUGGUACGGCUAGUCAAACAACGGGCGACUCGUCUGUUAAAAUAUACAGAGCAGUGAGACCACUGACAGACACAUCUGGCUUUGUACGGACACCUUGUGGAGUCUGCCCUGUCAUCACCAGAUGUACACUAGAUGGCCUUAUAUCUCCAAAGACAUGUAUUUAUUUAAAAGACUGGUUAGAGUUUUAAUUUGGAGUUGAAAAAUAUAGUCUUUGGAUAUACAUACCUAGUAUUAAAAUGAAAAAUCAUUUUUUUUUUUGUAGAAUAGAUUUGAAAGUAAGCUGUAAAAGUUAAGUGUAAUGUAUGCAGAAUAGAUUUGAAAUGUAUGUAGAAUAGAUUUGAAAGUAAGCUGUAAAAGUUAAGUGUGAUGUAUGCAGAAUAGAUUUGAAAGUAAGUUGUAAAAGUUAAGUGUAAUGUAUGCAGAAUAGAUUUGAAAUGUAUGCAGAAUAGAUUUGAAAUGUAUGUAGAAUAGAUUUGAAAGUAAGCUGUAAAAGUUAAGUGUAAUGUAUGCAGAAUAGAUUUGAAAUGUAUGUAGAAUAGAUUUGAAAGUAAGUUGUAAAAGUUAAGUGUGAUGUAUGUAGAAUAGAUUUGAAAGUAAGUUGUAAAAGUUAAGUGUGAUGUAUGUAGAAUAGAUUUGAAAGUAAGUUGUAAAAGUUAAGUGUGAUGUAUGUAGAAUAGAUUUGAAAGUAAGUUGUAAAAGUUAAGUGUGAUGUAUGUAGAAUAGAUUUGAAAGUAAGUUGUAAAAGUUAAGUGUAAUGUAUGCAGAAUAGAUUUGAAAUGUAUGCAGAAUAGAUUUGAAAUGUAUGUAGAAUAGAUUUGAAAGUAAGUUGUAAAGUUGUAAAAGCUGAGUAUGAUGUGCUGGUAUCUAAGUUUCAGGAAUGGUUUGGUCACUUGUACAGUUUGGAAGCUCGUUCAGUAAAAUGCAAGUUAUUGUUUUAUUUACAGUUGAAAGCUCAAAGGCUGAUACUGAAGUCAGAAAUAUAAAUAAAUCAAUUUAAUUUAAAAAAAAAUACCCAUAAAUGUUGAGAAUAAAUGUGAACCUCAGAUAUCAUUUGUAAAAGAUUCAAUCAUUUCUGAGUGAACAAAACAGCUGAAAUAUAAAGUACAUAGUUAUAACAAUUUAAAAAAAACAAACAAAAAAAACGCACCAUUUUACUAAUUGUCCAUACUAUUUAGGUAGUAGUUUUUCUUUUAUAUCAUUUCAUGGGCAGUCACUCUGUUUCAAAAUGUCAUUACUUUGUAUAAAAGUAUGUGUGUUAAUAUUAUUUAUAAUACAUUAAGUCAAGUGUACUUUAUAUUGUAUGAAGCUAAUCUACCUUGCUAUGUUGUUUGGCAAUGUUACUCAGCGCAACUGUUUAAGUGCUGCAAACUUUCAUUUGUAAAUACAUUAAACAUUUAAAAACAAUCGUC